CCGCCGCAGCUACAGCAAAGCCGAUCAACAUUUGAAGUUGGGCCAAAAAGGCGGCCAAACGCUCACAGGAACAUUCAGUUGUGCCGCGAACGUUGUGCGCUACACACGUGACUCUCUCAGUCUCUGUCGCUGUCGUGCCGGGCUGCCACAUAACCGUUAACGGUUAAACGCAAAAAAGCUUACAGCACUUACAAUAACAGCAACUGCAAUCUUGUGACAGUGUGAAAGAAGAGAAUUAGAAAAGCUGCUCAACGCUGAGCCAAGAGUGUACUACAUUUUGUCUCUGCGUAUGUGUGUGUCUGUGUGCGAGUGAGUGUGCGCGUGUUUGCAUUCGUGUGUAUUUGUGUGCUUUGUAAAUGUCUCUGAACACAGAUCGUUCGUACAAAAUGAAGCUGCGCGAUGUGGAAAAUGCCUUCAAAUACAGGCGCAUACCUUAUCCUAAGCGGUCUGUGGAGCUGAUUGCAUUGCUGGCCAUAUCGUGCACCUUCUUUCUGUUCAUGCACACAAACAAGUUAAACAGUCGUCUGAAGGAGAUGGAGGUGAAGCUGCAGCCAUCGGAAUUCUCGGCCCUGGGACUAACUGGCAAUCACAUAAGCGGCCAUGAUGCGGGCAAACACGAUGAUAUCAAUACGCUCCAUGGCACCUAUCAAUAUCUGAAGAGCACCGGUCAGAUGGCCACGCUGAACGUGCGCGAUCUGAAUAACACGCGCAAGGCUCAAAUGGAGCUGGUCUUCUUCAAUCGUGUGCCCAAAGUGGGCAGCCAGACAUUUAUGGAGCUGCUGCGCCGACUGUCGGAGCGCAACAACUUUCAGUUUCAUCGCGAUGCCGUCCAGAAGGUGGAGACCAUACGCCUCGCUGAGGAUCAGCAGCAGGAAAUGGCCGAGGUGAUCAGCGAGCUGCCCGAGCCGUCCGUCUUCAUCAAGCACGUGUGCUUCACCAACUUCACCAAGUUCAACCUGCCCACGCCCAUUUAUCUGAAUGUGGUGCGAGAUCCGGUGGAGCGUGUGAUUAGCUGGUUCUACUAUGUGCGUGCCCCAUGGUAUUUCGUGGAGCGCAAGGCCGCCUUCCCCGAUCUGCCCCUGCCGCAUCCAGCCUGGCUGAAGAAGGACUUCGAGACCUGCGUGCUCAGCGGCGAUCAGGAGUGCACCUACACCCAGGGCGUGACAGUCGAGGGCAUUGGCGAUCAUCGACGCCAGAGCUUGUUCUUCUGUGGCCACGACUACGAAUGCACUCCCUUCAAUACGGUGGGCGCUUUGGAGCGCGCCAAGUUCGCCGUGGAGCAACAAUAUGCCGUGGUUGGCGUCCUGGAGGACUUCAAUACAACGCUCUCUGUGCUGGAGAAAUACGUGCCACGCUUCUUUGAGGGUGUACGGGAUAUCUAUGCGACUAGCGCCGAGUAUCUGACCAAGAUCAACAAGAACAACUUCAAGCCGCCCGUGAGCGAGCACGUCAAGGAUAUUGUGCGCCGGAAUUUCACCAAUGAAAUCGAAUUCUAUCAAUUCUGUCGCCAGCGACUGCACAAACAAUAUCUGGCUGCCCAUUUGCCCCAGCGGCUUGAAACGGCCCAUGCAGCCGCAUUGGAGCGCAAUUGAGUCCGGCCUCGUCUGGACAGGACUCUCGUUCCCUCACUCUACACAUUUGUAAAAAUUAUAUAGACUCGAUCCUGUAGUCAAGUGCGCUACCCCUACCACACAAGCCCAUCCAUGCUGUAGCCAAUAAUCAUGAAUUGUUUAUCAUUUUGUAUAUUUCGAAUUGGUCUUGAAAAAGCGUUAAUCAUUUACUUUAAUACAAAAUUAUUUAUAUUGUUUAGUUAGUGAUUAUGAGAAACUGCAUUCGAAUUGUGAUGUCUUCAAGUGAACUGUUGAAAUUUGUUGUUUAUAAACGCCUAAUCUUAAAUAGAAUUAAGAACUUUAAGCUCACAAACUGUAAAAAUAAUAAAGAUUAUAAUAAGAUUAUAUAAAGAUUAUAUAAAUAAAUGUGUUGUUUUUUGUCGAAAUGUCUAAGACAAUUAGGAAAUGUCACAGUUAUCAAAGUUGAUUAUGGAAUAUAUAUUCUGAAAUAAAGAGCAGAAAUGAAUGGGAGGAAAUGAAAUUGAGAAAACUAUAUACCCGCCGUAAAAUACGCCAGAGAUAAAUGAAACAAAUCAAACUCCUGAGCAUUGAACACAUUAAAUUUAUUAA